GUUAAAACAUCUUCAACAUGGAAUCCUGACUGGGUAGAGGUGAAGUGUCAGAGCAGUUGUCAUCUAUCUGCUCGUUCCUAUGUCUGGUACAAGAAUGGAGUGAACAUGAACAAAGACACUUAUUCAAUUCAACAAUCCUUUGAUUGGGGAGACAGUGUUUCCUGUGCUGUUAAAGGAUCCGAGAAGUUUCCCUCUCCUCCACAAUGUGUCCUUCAUCAAACCUGUAACAAAGUGACUUACACUGACAGAAGCAUCUGUGCCAUCAAAGGUUCAUCAGUGGACAUUUCCUCCACAUACAGUUAUUAUUAUGAUUCUUUUGUUGAGUCAAAGUUCUGGUUCAGUCCUGAUCGUAGUCGUCAGUGGAUGAAUCCCUCACAGCCUGAGGACCUGAGUAAAGACUCCCAGUAUUCAGGUCGUGUUCAGGUCCUUGAACCAUGGAGAGGAAGAUCCACUCUGAGAAUCACUAACCUGACAGAGAGUGAUUCAUCUGAGUAUCACUUCAAAUUCAAGACACGACGGUUUGAAUGGAGAAGUGUUUUACCUGGAACAACUCUGACUGUCACAGCUCUGCAGGUGCAGGUGACCAGAAUAAUAUCAGUCCAUCAGUCUCAAACUGAGGCAGAGCUCAAGUGUCUCAGCAGCUGCAGUCCAGCUGGUCGUCUUUACGUCUGGUUCAAGAACCAACAGAAUCAGGACACAGCAAACUUCUACUUUGACAGACAACUUUUCUCCUGGAGACACCAUCUCCUGUGCUUUCAGUGGACAUGA